CACCAUCCUGAGGCCUCCGGCUCUUCCCCGCCUACCUUUACCUCCCAUCGGCUCUCCCUCCUUCCAAUCGGCCGCCUUUCUCCUCCCCCGUCUACGUCUGGGCAUGUGCCCCUCGCGGCGCUGGCCACGCAGGGGCCUGCAUUUAACCUUUGGCCGCCCGGCGCGAAGUUAGAGGCUGGGCUGGCGCGGGCAGCACGCACACCUGGGGCGGGAGCAGAGGCGGGAGCCCGGGCCUGCCUGUAACCUCCGCCGGGCGCAGGAUGACUUGCUACAGAGGCUUCUUGCUGGGCAGCUGUCGUCGCGUAGCGGGCGGCCGGGCGGCGGCGCUGAGGGCCCCGGGCGCUGGAGGCCCCGCCGCGAGACCGCGGCUCGGCGGUGACGGCGACUGCUGGCGGCACCUGGGGCAGGGGCAGCCACGCGAGCUGGCGGGCUGUGGCAGUCGUCCCGACGGCGGCUUCCGCCCGUCCCGGGUGGUGGUGGUGGCCAAAACCACCCGGUACGAGUUCGAGCAGCAGCGCUACCGUUACGCAGAGCUCUCGGAGGAGGACCUGAAGCAGCUGCUUGCACUGAAAGGCUCUAGCUACAGUGGACUGCUUGAACGACAUCAUAUUCACACCAAAAAUGUUGAGCAUAUUCUAGAUAGUUUACGGAAUGAGGGAAUCGAGGUUCGUCUAGUGAAGAGGAGAGAAUAUGAUGAAGAAACUGUUCGAUGGGCAGAUGCUGUCAUAGCUGCCGGAGGUGACGGCACAAUGCUUCUGGCAGCAAGUAAAGUGUUGGACAGACUUAAACCAGUUAUUGGAGUAAACACUGAUCCUGAACGGUCCGAGGGUCAUUUAUGUCUUCCUGUUCGAUACACGCAUUCCUUCCCAGAAGCCUUACAGAAGUUCUAUCGCGGUGAGUUCAGGUGGUUAUGGAGGCAGCGGAUCAGGUUGUACCUCGAAGGGACGGGCAUAAACCCCAUUCCCGUGGACCUUCACGAACAGCAGCUGAGUUUGAAUCAACACAGUAGAGCCUUCAACAUUGACAGAGUGCAUGAUGAGAGGCCCGAGGUUUCAGGUCCCCAGCUUUUGCCAGUGAGAGCACUAAAUGAAGUCUUCAUCGGGGAGAGUCUGUCAUCCAGAAUGUCUUAUUCUUGGGCUGUGGCAGUGGACAGUUUAAGAAGAAGUAUACCCACUCUAAAGGGACUGGCUUCCUACUAUGAGAUUUCAGUUGAUGAUGGUCCAUGGGAAAAACAGAAGAGUUCAGGGCUCAAUUUGUGUACUGGAACAGGAUCAAAGGCCUGUAAUUUUUUAGGAUUAAAACAAGAAAGAAUUUAUGUGGUGUUUGUUUCUAGGUCAUUCAAUAUUAACAGGGUUGCAACUCAGGCUGUGGAAGAUGUUUUAAAUAUUGCAAAACGACAAGGCAAUUUAAGUCUUCCACUGAACAGAGAACUGGUAGAGAAAGUAACAAAUGAAUAUAAUGAAUCAUUGCUCUAUAGUCCAGAAGAACCAAAAAUACUUUUCAGUAUUCGAGAACCAAUAGCAAACAGAGUUUUCUCCAGCAGCCGGCAGCGUUGUUUCACCUCAAAGGUUUGUGUUCGUUCUCGCUGUUGGGAUGCCUGUAUGGUUGUGGAUGGAGGAACUUCUUUUGAGUUUAAUGAUGGAGCAAUUGCUUCGAUGAUGAUCAAUAAAGAAGAUGAGCUUCGAACUGUGCUUCUAGAACAGUGAAGGAUAUUUGAUUAUCAGAAAAAGACUUUAACUGCAGAAACAGACGACCGGUCAUAAAGCUGCCUUUGUGGUUACUGUCGGGACUGGUUGGCCCUGGGCCCAAAGGCGACUACGAAACUGAGAUUUGUAUUCUUCUCUUGGAUUCUGAUGGGAGAGACAUUCACUGGGCAAGAAAAUGGAUGGACUACACGUUUAGGAUCGAUACCAGUGAAAUUUCUGUAUUACUUGUUAUGGUAUCCAAGAGUGCUGAUAUCUUUGUAGAUUUAGAGAGAUAAGUUCAAAUAAAGGAUUAAAUGUUUAGGAUUUGUAAUUUAACUACACAACCUUUCCUUCCCUUUCCUCCUAACUUUGUGGAAUUGGUCAGAACAAACACAGCUUAUUUGACUAGUGUAUAUUUUUUAUAGCACCUAAAAAUCAAGAUUUAAAAAAAUUUGAUGGAGAAUUUUGAUAAAUCCUGACAUUGACCUAAUUGAAGUAGGUAAAUGUGUUUUUAUACGUGCUAUGAAUUUUCUAAUUUCAGAACACACUGAUACUGGUAUGACUAUUGAUUUAAGAAGUUCAAUCAUUUCUGAAAUUUAUGGUUUUAUUUGACUUGCAGGUUAAUUUUGACAGUGCUGAGUUCAUUGAAGUACAUACAGCUGGACAGAACCGGGAUGCUUUCACAAAUGUAUUAUUGUCCAGUAGCUGUUUAGUGACAGAUGGUUUUUACUCAGAAAUCUAACAUGGAUCCAAAGACAGGGGAUGGACUGAUGAGACAUAUUCCACUAGGAGUUUGGUCAGACCUUUAGGAAGUAUUUUCGUCUACUUUUAAUAUCAUGGUCAUCUUCAACUAGCCCAUAUUCCAAUUUCACACAUUAGCUUUAGAAGAUAAAUGUUAUGGCUUUUCUCUGGCUGCCCACGAGAGUGAGUUUAUUUUUAGAAGACAUCAUUCUUGUCUAAUUCUCGAUCUACUUAAAUCCUAGGAUUUUCACAAAAGGCACCUAUUGCCCCAUCACGAGACCUUUGGUAGUCUUGCCAUUUAUUUAAAGUUGUGUUUCUUCAUUUGCUAUUAAAAACUUUUACUCAAUCAUUGAAAUAUUUAUUAAGUAUCCAUUCUGUGCCAUGCACUGUAUCGAUUGCCAGAUGUACACUGAUGAGUAAAACAGACUCUGUCCUGACGGCACUUGAGCCGAGUGAGUGCAGAAGUGCAUUCUGUAGACACUAGGAUGUGUCAUCAGCUCGGGUGCUCUCGGUGCUGCCAGCACGUAACAUGUUCCUGUCCAGUUUUCUGUGAAACGUUACUACACAGGAGUAAGCUAGGGUAUGUCCAGAACAAGAAUGUUUUCCUUUAGUUCAGUGCGUCUGUGUAGACACUCACUAGCAAAGAGUUCGCGUGAUGCGCACAGUAAAACUGAGCAUUUUCCCAGAGCUGGUUCUAGUUUCCAGUUUGGUUUAAAAAUAAUAUACUUAAGGUCUACUUUAUAAUGUAAAAUUCCACACCAUAGAACUACCUUAGUAGGUAUAAGAUGCCUUCUUGACAAAAAUGCCAACUUCAUUUUUAAUAUCAAGGAAAUCAGAUUGUCCAUGUGGUAUUGUAGAUCUGUUAAUAUGUAACAUAUUAAUAGGUAACUUCUGUGUAAAAUUGUUCAUAAGCCAUAUUUUAAAGAUUUAAAAAUGCUUAAUGUGUUCCAUUUGCAGUAUAACUUCUAAUAUUUCUGCUAUGUGGUGAGGAUUUGUCAGCCGAUGCUGAGAGGCAAAGGAUGUUGGAAUAGCAAACGUGUUUUUAUGAAGUAACCUUUAAUGGCAUCAACAUGUGAAUAAAGUUAAACUGUUACUGUC